AUGAUGAUGACUGGCCGUGUGCUGCUGGUGUGUGCCCUCUGCGUGCUGUGGUGCGGUGCCGGCGGUAGAUGUGACGAGGAGGUGGUGGAGAUUCCUGUUGGUGGUGGUAAAGUUGCUGUGGGGUCGACUGGAACUUCAACGCCAGGAUCAGAUAGCUUAGAUCCAACAAAAGGUUUGCCCAAGGUUAAUCAAUCAACAGAAAAGUCUGAAGGAAAAUCCUUGGAAGGAAAAGAAGUUAAAAAUGAUCAACUGUUUGUUGCUCCUGGAGUGGAGGGUGAAGAUAGAAGCCCUUCAGAGCAAUUAGAAGAACGUUUGAAAAAUGCUCCAGAACAAGGAAAAACAAAGCCAGAAAUACAAAAUAAAGAACAGGAAGUAGGGCAACCGCCAAAAUCGCAAUUAAAUGUACUACAGCAACCGCAGCCACAACCGCCAUCAGCACCGCAGCCACACACUCCUGCCUCAGAAAGGGGUGAAGGUGUUGGCGAGAACAGUAAGGGUGGAGAAGGUCAGUCCUCAUUGGGAGUGGAAAAUAGUGGAAACGAGGAUCCAGAGAACCCCAGAGAAGAAGACUUAUUAAAGAGUCCAGGUACAAAAUCAGAAAGCAGUGAACAGGUCCAAACGACAGUGCCAGACACAGUACCGCCGGAGCACAAAACCCAAAAUGAAGUGUUAACUCCGGAACAAAAGACGAAUGAAAGCCAAAGCACGGAUACAUCCACGAACCUACCCGAAACACAAAAGGAAAAUAAAGAAUAUUCUGCCUCCACGGAAAGUACGGCGCAGAGUACAUCAACUGGCAGUCAAGAACAAGAAACUGAGCCAUCUACAAGCGAAGAACCUUCCCCUUUUGAGGAGGAACACUCCACAGGGACGAAGACAUCUGAGGAUGCUCGAACUCCGGAUGCUGCAGCAACAGAAAAACGCCAAACUGGCGAUAAUGAAAAGGUUGGCGACAGCGACAGCAGCACCGCGGUCUCCCACACCACCUCCCCUCUUUUGCUUCUUCUUCUUGUUGCGUGUGCGGCUGCGGUGGUGGCCGCGUGA